CUCUGCUCUGCUUUUUCUGCUUUCUCUUCUCAGUUGUCUCAGUUUCUUCGAGAGAGAGAGAGAGAGGCAGAGACGGGAGGGAGAGAAAGCGAGGCAAAGGUAAUGGUAAUGGCGAUGGCGGUGCCUAAGAAGAGGUGGAUUUCUCUGUGCUCUUUGCUGCUCGUGGUGUUGGUCGUUGGAGCCAUGGCCGGAUUGCCAACUGACAGUAAUUCCGACUUCAAGAAUGCUGAAACAGAGCAGUUACAGAGCUCGAACAACUCCUCAAUGGCCGACGCAAGGUUGGAGGAGGUAGGAGCUUUGAAUGAGCAUGCGGUCGAUGACCCAGAGGCUGUUGCUGCCAUGGUUGAGACGACCAUUAGGAACAGCACUGAGAGGAGGAAGCUGGGCUUUUUCUCUUGUGGAACAGGCAAUCCCAUUGAUGACUGCUGGCGCUGCGACGGGAACUGGCAGCGCAACCGCAAGCGCCUCGCUGACUGUGGCAUUGGCUUUGGGCGAAACGCCAUUGGGGGCCGCGAUGGUCGCUUCUAUGUGGUCACCGAUCCUAGCGACGAUGACCCCGUCAACCCUAGGCCAGGCACUCUCCGUCACGCUGUCAUUCAAGAGGAACCUCUAUGGAUUGUGUUCAAGCGUGAUAUGGUCAUACAGUUGAAGCAGGAGCUCAUAAUGAACAGCUUCAAGACUAUCGAUGGCCGUGGAUCCAAUGUCCACAUCGCCAAUGGAGGCUGCAUUACAAUUCAGUUUGUUACCAAUAUUAUAGUCCAUGGCCUUCACAUCCAUGACUGUAAGCCCACUGGGAAUGCAAUGGUCAGGAGCUCCCCCUCUCAUUUUGGCUGGAGAACAAUGGCUGAUGGGGAUGCCAUUUCCAUUUUCGGGUCCAGCCAUAUAUGGGUUGAUCACAACUCGCUCUCUCAUUGUGCUGAUGGCCUUGUGGAUGCUGUGAUGGGUUCCACUGCCAUUACCAUUUCCAACAACCAUUUUGCCCACCACAAUGAGGUGAUGCUUUUGGGUCAUAGUGAUUCCUAUGUCAGAGACAAACAGAUGCAAGUCACCAUUGCCUAUAAUCAUUUUGGAGAGGGUCUUAUCCAGAGGAUGCCAAGGUGUAGGCAUGGGUAUUUUCAUGUGGUAAACAAUGACUAUACUCACUGGGAGAUGUAUGCAAUUGGUGGAAGUGCCAGCCCCACCAUCAACAGCCAGGGUAACAGAUACCUUGCUCCACCCAAUCCAUUUGCAAAGGAGGUGACAAAAAGAGUGGAGACAGCCGCAAGUCAAUGGAAGGGUUGGAACUGGAGGUCAGAGGGUGACCUGCUUCUCAAUGGGGCCUAUUUCACUCCAUCCGGAGCUGGAGCCUCAGCCAGCUAUGCUAGAGCUUCAAGUUUGAGCGCCAAGCCUUCUUCCAUGGUUGCCUCCAUGACUACUGGUGCAGGUCCUCUUGGCUGCCGCAGAGGCCGCCAGUGCUAGUAUCAUCAGUCCAUAUUACUCAAGAACAAGACAAGAAAACAAAACCACCCCCAAAAAAAGAGAGUCCAUUUUUAGGGUUCCAGUUUUACUAUUAUAUUGCAGCGUUUCAUAUCCAAUGUUGCACCAUUGUUUGUCCCUCAUUCGAUGUGUUUUCUUCACCUUUGACAAGUGUACAUUUUACACAUGUCAUCAAAUUAUCCCACAAAUCACCCUUUGUUCCAACUUAUCCUGCCAUUGUUGCCCGCGCAACCUCGGCCUGCUUCAACUGAAAAAUACAAUUUGGCAUUCUAGGAGCAGGUGCUGAAGCGUUGUUCAUUUCUUUCUUUUCUUCAUUUUUGUCAAUUUUUGAAGUCUCUCCUAACCCCCAUUCACUCUGUCUACUCAUGUCAUGUCCCCUGUCACUCUUCUUUAGUUCUCUUCAUAUUGUGUUGGCUUCUGGUUUAUGGGAAUUACCGAAUUGUACUUGUGGGGUUUCUUCUUUCUUUUUUUUCUUUUUUAUGUGGUUUUUGUUUCUCUCUUGUGCCUUUUACUUUUCUUCUUGAGUCUUACAAGAUACAGUGUGAAUGUCAAAACUUUUGAGUAAUGCAAGAAAAAAGCUUUUGGUGAUA